ACAAACAAAGUAAACAACCUUGGGGUUGCAGAAUGGAGAUAAGAUUAUAAGCAUGCCGAAUAAGUGUUAAUUCAUUUCGAGGUCCUUUCCUUGGUUAGAGACAUAAAUAAAAGUUGUUUUUCAUUUUUACUUUUAUGACCUCGAGUUUAAAAUCAAUUGGUAAAGUAUUUUUACAGAUAAUUUUGAUGGCGGUUUGAAGUUAUAUAGGUUAUGUAUGUUGUCUUCUGUAUUUCAUUAAAUAUUUGUGUGUUUCAAGAUUUUUGUAAAGGAAAUGCAAGGUUUAUAUGCUUAUCUACAAAAUCCUCAUUUAGUUGCCAGGAUACAGGAAUAUUUUGGAGUUAAAAUAUUAACGAAUCAAGGAGGCUCAUUUAAUCAAAGGCAGUGUGUUGACAGUGAUGUUAAGUCGGAAAAUGCUAAUAUUUCGCAAGUCAGCAAUAAGCGCAAGGUGACGCAAGGAAAACGGUUUUUGAAAAAUGGGAUUGAAAGCAAUGGUCACGUCAGCAGUGAAAUUGGUGAAGAAACGGUAUCUUCCGAAUCUGAAUCGGAAAGUAAACAUUACUUAGUUAGCAAUAAGUUUUGGUAUUAUUUGUUUGUACUCGGAACGGCACUUGGAGAUGAAAUAUUUUAUGCUUCGUUCAUCCCAUUUUGGUUUUGGAACAUAGAUGGGGCAGUUGGUCGAAGAGUGGUUUUGGUAUGGACCAUCAUUAUGUACAUAGGGCAAGGCAUAAAAGAUAUAGUGCGAAUUCCUCGACCCUCGUGCCCGCCAGUAGUCAGGCUGCAAAAGAAAUGGGCUAUGGAGUACGGCAUGCCCUCCACCCAUGCCAUGGUCGGGGUGUCCAUUCCGUUCUCUGUGUUGUUGUACACCGUGAACAGAUACCAGUACUCACUUGCGUUGGGACUGCUGUUUGCCGUCGCCUGGUGCGCGGUGAUCUGUGUCAGCAGGCUGUACCUUGGGAUGCAUUCCGUGCUGGAUGUGGUAGUGGGACUGGUUCUUGCUCUUUUCCUGAUGGUCCCUGUGGUGCCUUUGGUUGACGCUCUCGACCACUGGAUUCUCACGUGGCGAUGGUCUCCCGUGGUCCUCCUCGCGACUAGCAUCCUCAUGAUUGUGCUGUACCCCACCAGCGACCGGUGGACUCCUACGCGCGGGGACACCACCAUGAUCGUGAGCGUGUGCGCGGGCGUGCACGUGGGCGCCUGGACCAACUACCAGCUGGGGAUCCUGUCCGCGUCGGGCGACCCCCCACCCUACGCCGUCAUCUGGCCGUCGUGCGCCAUGCUGGGCCUCGGCUUCCUCCGCACCGCCAUCGGCUUCUGCUGCGUCCUGGCGACGCGCGCCGUCGGCAAGUCCGCCUCGUACGCCACCUUGUGCGCCCUGCCGCGCUGCUCGCCCGGCCGGGACGCCGUGGCGCUGGCCUACUCCUUCGCCACCUGCUACCUCAUGGGGUUCAACACGGUCUACCUCCUGCCCAGCGUCUUCCGGCUGCUGGGCAUCGAGCGCCCCACCUUCUACACCGAGAUCUGAAGCAACCUUCCUCCCUCUCGCACGCAGUACACGGGGGUAGCCCGCGGGGGGGACUUGCGUACGGUCUGGAUAAAAUAAACAAGCAAAGACAGAGGUAGCCAGCGGGGGGAGGUGCGUACGGCCCGGAUAAAAAAACAAGCAAAGACAGAAUAAGAAUAUUGCAGCUACACAAGGUUACAGAGGGAUUAUUUCGGAAGGAUUAUUUGCAUUCCUUAGCAGGGUACGAUAAUGUAUCCCCUCCCCAUUGUAGCCUGACAUGCCUCGCACACACACAAGUGGCAUGAAUUCUCUCUCUCCAGGUAGUCCACAAUUAGUGCCAAUUUUGUGCACGCGUCUGUGUAAACAUGUCUCUCGUUUAGACUGGAAAUGUGUGUCCUCGUGUAUUUAAUAAACAUUAGUCUUUUUGAUGUUUUUUUAACGAAAUCAUCAAACGAUUCACUCUUAGAAAAAAUAUUAAAAUAAUCAGCCUAAAUAAUGAAACCAAAAUAUAAAAUGUUAAUUAAAUUUCUGUGUGUAUUAACAAUGAGUUAAAAGUCUACUAUUUCCUGAUGUUUUAGUGUGACAAUCAAAUUUAUUUUAUAAUUCAACUAUAUAUAGAAUACUUAAUACUCAUCAAAUAAAUGAUAUAAUGGUUGUACUGGACCCCUUCACAAAAUCCUGGCCACAGCUCUGCAUGGUACAAACAAAACUAAUGUCUUAACAGUACUGAUUAAUGUGACGGAUUGUUACUUAUACUAUAAAAUGUUAAAUGUUUGGUUUUAUUUUGAUCGUCUGUUAGAACUUAUAUUUUUUUGUAAAUAAUCGAAAAAGUGUACAUAUGUAUUUACACACAAUGGUAAGAUAUCCCAAAAUCUCUCCCUGCCCAAUUUAAAACCUUGUACAUAAUAUUGUACCCUUAGUGCAACAGGGUCCCAACUCAAAAAUCAUCUAUUUCAAGAGAGAAUUUUGAAAUAUUCUGGCUAUUUUGCUUUAAAUCAAAUUUAACCGACUGUGGAAUUUGGAGGAACAUAAAAUUUUUUCCUUCUUCCACUAGAUGAAACAUUAAAAAGAGACUCCAGUUAUGUCUGUUACUCUAAAUUAAUUUUUUUUUUUUUUUUGAGAUUUGGCGAUGUAGCAAUGUGAGUGUGAUACGUUCUGUAACUUUUUUUUUAUCUUCACACAAUUGUAUCACCACUUUGCCUUUGUGGGUUUGCUUCCUGCAUCAUUGAGACAGAUUUGCAUAGUGGGUGCCCUGCACGACCCAGCACUAACUUUGUGACUUGCAACAGCACAGACCUUUCACUAUUAUGCGAUGACUUUUGAGAUAAAUCUGCGGCAGUGGGGUUUGAAGCCCACAUUUUAAUUGCAACUUUGUACUGAAGGGUUGUAUUUGGAAACCUCUAGGCCCUCACAUCCCUACUUACAUACAUUGAUUUUUUCCUGAGGAAACUACAACCGGACCUGUUUAUAUUUGCUAGUAAAUUUGUGGGCUCCCUCUAACUCUUAAGGCUUGGACGCAUAUUCAAUGUUGGUUAUUUAAUUUUAUAAUUAAUUAUAUUACGAGGCAAUUUUGUAAAUUUAUCAAAAUAGCUCUCUGGAUGUUAUGUUUUGUCUCAAAUUUUCUCAACAAAUACUACGAAAUAUUGAAAAUAAGUUGUGCGAAUAUUCAUAAUUAUGAUCAUUUUGGGUAGCAUUUUACAGCUUGAAAAUGUUUAGUAAAUAUCUAGUGAGAAAAUUUUUAACCCAACAACAACUGCACGAGAGCCAUAAUAUUUUGCAGGAAAAUUUGUUAAUUAAUAGUAAUGAAAUGUUUGGUUAUUUGUGUUGGCCUUUUCAUGUAAUUUAUGAUUUAUUGCAAUAUUUACUGUUAUUUUACUAUACAAGUUUUGCAUUUUUUUCUUGUUUAAUUUUUUAUUUAAUUUUUAGUUUUAUUCUACAAGUAAUUUCUUAACUAUUAAAAUGUUUGGAAAAUAUUCAUAAAUAAAAGUUUUGGUUGACCUGUUUCAUCAUGCUGAAUCGCUAGAAAUUGUUUCCACAGUGGGGUAAUGCAUACAACUUUACUUAUUUUGUCACAUGUUCAAAAUAUUUUUUCAUAAAAAUCUAUAAUCAAAGAAAAUCUAUCAUGGUGGGUAAAGCAUAGCCUUAAGUUUGCAUUCCAUACGUAUGUAAGGGCAAUCAAUUUACAUGUUUCUGUAGCUGAGAAGCGUAAGAAUGGAUGUCCUGAUGUCCGAAAGUGUACAUCCGCUCUUAUGCUUCUCAGUUGCUGAUUUGAAAAUGAUAAAAUGCAUGCCAUUUAACACAAAGAACUUCAUCAAUUUUUGAAACUAUUUGUUUAGUCGAGUUGUAUUAUUUAGUUGGAAUUGCCAAAGAAUCUAGUCACUUAAUUUCUUCACCAUUAUAGAGCCUUAUAUUUUGUACAUCACUUUGACAGAUGUAUCCUUAUAAAAAAAAAGUUUAUCUCUAAUAAUAUAUAUUACUAUUAUAUUAUGUACAAUACUCUAGUACUACACAACAUUCAAUACCAUAUUAAAAUAGUCUAUGUUCAAAACAUUCAAUUUUAAUGCUGUUCAUAAGUUUUUCAAUUUUGUUAUUUUUUCAAAUUGAAGUUUUUGUUUGGUAUACUGAUAAAAAUUUCUAUAAAAUAUGUAUGUAAGGUUUCAGUACAAUUUUAAUAACUCACUGAAUCAUUAUCAAUCUUCUACAUUGAAUAAAAAUUAUCAGUAUUUUUUUGAUGUUACAUUUUUUUCCUUCUGAUUUAUCAGGCUUAAGAGAGUAAGUAUUCUAAACUAUUUUGCUUAAGCAAAUUCGUGAUUUUUCCCAUGAUUGAAAUGUAUUUAGUAGUUAAAUGGGUUCAUUAAUAUUAUAAGUGUUUAUACAUUUGUUUUAAAUGUAAAUGAAAAUAACAUUCUUACUUGAGCAUCAACUGAGAGCUCAUAACCAAAUUAUAUUCAGUUAAAUCAACCAAGCUUAUGUGGUCUUUGUUAUAAAUCUCUUGAUUUGGAUAUAAUUAAUAUAUCUCGAAAAAUUUAGUUUUCCAGAUCCUCUGAAAAACCGUGAUUUUCUCCAGACUUUUGUGGCAACUUAAUUUAUUUUUGAGAUUAAAGAACAAUAUCCUAAAACUAAAGCGUUUUGCAACAAACACAAAAUUGAAAACCACUUGAUUAAGAGCUCUCAGUGCAUGCUAGGAUUGAAAUUUAAAUUCACUUUAAGUCAUCUUAAAACCAUAAAAAUGAACACUUAUUGAAUUGAUGAAACCAUUUAUAAGCUUACAGUUAUUAAAUUUGAAUCAUGGGCAAAUAUAUUAAAUCAUAAAAAUGAAAUUAUUUAUGAAAAUACUCCAUUAAGCCUGAUGUUGGCGUAGUAUAAUCAGCUUAGCCAGCAUUUUUCUGACUUAGUUAAUUUUGUUUCCAGGAUUUUAGCGGAGAGAAAUUUUCCAUCCUGGUUUUUGUGUUCAAGUAAAGAUGAAUUCCUGGUAAUGGCUUAGCUUUGAGAAAAACCAGUAAUGUAAACUAAUUUAAUACAAACUUACUUAUUUUGAAUGCUCUUCGGAAGUUGUUAUUACUACUGACAGUAAAUUUUCUUGUACGAUAUGCUCUUUAAGUAGUAUGUAAAAUGAUAUGCAGAUGUAAUUUUUUUUUAUGUAAAAUCAUAUGUUACCAAUAGUGUCAAUAUUGGUGAUCUGUUUUUAUUUAAGACAAGGAAUACAUAAUGUUCAGUUUUUUAAAUACUUUUUUGGCUUUGGUGUCAAUGUUUAGUAUUGAGAAAAUUUGAUAUGAUUAAAUAUUACUGUGAUGUUUGGAUAUUUAUUUACCUAACUUUAAUAUGAAUUUGUGAUGUGGUGCUGUUAAUAAUUAUAGCAUACCCUGUAACAUUUAAUCAUAGGAAUGUACUUCAUAUUACAUCUGAUACAUAGUGACAAGAUUACGUGGUAAAUUGCGAUAAAACUGAAAUAAUGCCAAAAAUCAUUAAUUAUAACAUGUAUUACUGAAAUGCAAAUUAAUACACCAUAAAGCACCAAAAUGAAGCUAAAAUCAUGAACUUAAUCAGCACUUAUAAUCAAAAAUUAACUCAAAUCACAAAAAUAUAGUAUAAGUCAGUUCAUACAAUUUAUUUAGCAGAAGUUUGUACCAAAAUAUAUGAACUUAAUAGAUUGGAAACAGUUUACUUUUUUAAUUUUGCAACUAUUUGUAACCUUUCAGCGGUGGUACAUUUUUUAAACAAUUACUUGCCAAAUAUUUUUAUUGUUCAGAGUAGUUAACUAUGAUUAUUAAAAAUUAUUAUAUUGAAAACAUGCAUCAUGUAUCAGUCAAAAUGGAACUGUUUUGGUGAAGUAAAUGUCAAGUAAUGUAUAAGUGUCAUUUUUGUUUACUUAAACACUAUCUUUAUGAAUAAGCUGAAUUCAUAAAAAAAUUAAAACAAUAACACAGAAAUCUCCUGUUUUAAUCAUAAUAGUCUUAAAAUAAAACUGUAAAAUUUGUUCAUACUAAUACACAAUAGAGCUCAACUAUAUGAAUGACUUUAUUGCUGGUAGUACAUAAGUGCACCAUAAAUUUCUCUAUUUAAUAACAUUUAUGCAUUUGUUACUUGUAGUAAAACAUUACAAAAAAAUUACUCUAUUUUGUUUUUAACAAUGAACCUAUUAUUUUUUAUAUUAUAUUUACCAUAAACUUUCUUAUCACAUAUCAGUUGCAAGAUAUAAAUUUUAAUUGAAAAAAACUUAAGAUGUCAUUUUCUGAAGCACUGUAUUAUUAAUAUUAACUGUGUGUUGUAUCUUAGAGUGAGAUGUUUCAUAUCUCAUUGCAAAUGUAUGCAUACAUUUAGGAAAAUACAUAUGUAGUUAUUUCCAAAUUUAAUUUGCUAUGUACAUACUGUAUAAUGAUUUCCAUUUGUGUAGCAUGAAGAUAAAAUACUUAAUCAUUCAAACCAUUUCUGAUAAAGCAUGUUUAUAAAACUUAAUGGAACCUAGCUAUGUGUAACAUCAUUGUAGUAUUUAAUUUGUUUCCGCUGUAAAGAAUAAUGUUUAAAUUGUACAGUGAUACUGCAUAUUCUGCAUAUAUAUUAGUUGAAUAUACCAGAGAUUGUGAUUUUCUGUAGUAACCAUUUUAAUUGCUAACAUUAGUUAGCACGUUAGAUAAGGUAAAGUUUCAUAAAAUACAAGUACAAUGGCACUUUAUUUUUCACUAAGCAUUAUUAAAACAAAAUAUUAAAAACAAGGACAUUAGUAAUAAAGUUAGGUACUUUAACUAAGUUACAUGCUGACAAAAAUUAUUUGUUUAUUAGGUAAUAUACUAUUGUUUUCCAGUCCACAUAUGAAAAGUAUAUGCUUACUAAACAUUAAACAAUAUUCAUUAUCUUACUGUAUGAUUGUUAAAUAACUUUAUUUUUAUUUUUUUGUGCACCAACCUUCAGAAAGAAAAGUUUAAUAUUUAUAUUUACAUCAGUAAAAACAAUUUCUCCAACAUAAAAAGACCUAAUUUUGUAAAACGGCUUUCAGGUAAUCUUUAGUAGUGCUUGUAUUGGAACCGUCAUACAUAUUUUAAUGAGUGUUUACCAUGAGUACUUGUGCAGUAAAUUUUGUGUUCUCAAUUUUUUUUACAUUUGGUGCUCAUAACUGACAGGAAGUCUUAAACAAGCUUCACAGCGAACUGACAAAGGCUCAGGUAAGUUUACGUCAAUAUAUCCCAUCUUCAUACUAGUGAACUAAUGAAACUAAUCAAGAAAAUAAUACGUAUUGUAAAGUAUGGUACCGUGUAGUAAAUAUGAAUCUUUUUAUAUUGUCUGUCUGUCUGCUACUGCAAUAACACACAAAAUUUACGUGGUCAUAAUUAGCACCAUUAUUACCAAAAUAGAAGUUAUUUAGGAAAUAUUAUUUAUUUUAGUUUAGUUUAACAGGAUAUAUAGUGCUAUGUAGAUAUAAUAAAAAGAAUAAAUUAAGUUUUCAACCCUGUAUUAAAAUUGUGUUAAAAAUAAUUAACUCAUUUUUAUUUAUUACCAUGUAUACACACAAUUAAAAAUAUACAUUUAACUACUCAUUGUGUUUAGUAAAUCAUGCUGCAGUAUGUAGGUAUAUUAUUUUACAUCACUUACGAAAUAUGUACAGUGAAACCUCAUUACAAAGUACCUUACUUUAAAGGGUUUCUAACCAAAAAGUAUAAAGUUUCAGGUCCCUACUAGAUACUUUACAUUUCAGUAAUGGUUCAUUAUAUACUCUCAUUAUUAAGUACCAAAAUUGUGAGUUUUUACAGGUAUGUUGUAAUGAGGUUUCACUGUAUCUACAAUCACAAUUUACAGGCUGUAAUGCGUAAUGUUAGGUACAUAGGUACGUGUCUAACAAAUUGUACUCGUUUGUAGAUUUUUAAUGUAUUUUGAAAUGUUAGCUGGCAUUGUUAUGCAACAAAACAAUAUAAAUGGAAAAACUUUUAUCAGUGUUUUGCUACCAGUAUGCAUAUAAUAUUACAUUUCUUUAAUAUUGCAAAGUCUUUAAAACUUGCAUGUUACGAUAUAGUUUAGAGAACAUCUGAAACAAUAAUAUUGUAUCAGUAUUAGGUAUUGAAAACAGAAAUAUGGUUUAUUUUGUGUAUUUCUAUGCCAUGUCCUACGGCACAGUGUUUAGAAGAUUGUUGCUUUAUGGUUAUUUAUAUUUACUGAGGUAGAAAUGCAUUAAAACAGCUUUUUACUACUAAAUAAAAAGUUAAUUAUUUUAAAAUUAGGAAUUAAUGACAUCAUUUUUGGGAGAGACAGUUGCUUCGAUAACACUUAACUAAUUUAAAUUUAAGACUGAAAAACUUAUUCUAAGAGAAUUUAGAACAUGUCUGAAACUAUAAAACAGUGCAGGAAUCUGAGCAUUGAAUGUCAAGAUUGUUAUGGUUAUGAUUAGACAUGCCAUUCAAAAAAUUUAAUUUAAUAAUAAUUGGGUUUAAUUCGAAGAAAAUUUGAUUCUGUUAAAUAUUCUUUACUUUUUUAUCCUGGUAAAAUAAAUUUUAUUCCAGUUUAGAGGUCGAGCACAGAUGAUGUAAAAAAUUAUGGUUUUACUUUUAUACUUUUUAAUAACCACACCAACUUUAAGCAUUGGAAAUAUUUUUUUCUGUUCUGUAAGAAGUGUUUCAGUGUUAUGCUUUGUGCUUGAGCUCUUCAAGUUCAAAUUUGAGAUUUGGUGACAAACAAAUCGGGAAUGGACUUGGAAAUUUCGGCAGUAUUCAGGAAAAUGGAUAAAGGAAACCAAUUGUAUGCUGAUCGUCUCACAAAUGCACACAUUGCCUAGCUGCUCCUCUACUUUUUAAGCUACUGUUUUGACAAAUACUUCUUGCUUAGCUACUGGUGAUGUCAGACAACCGAUGAAUGUUUUCAACUCUACCACAGUGACUGCUGGAUACAGCGAUUUUUCUUUUAGCUGUCUUAGUUGCUAGCAAAUUAAAGAAACUGUGUCUUUUGCAGUUACACCAGUGAAUUUACUGAAGAGUUAAGAAGCCUGCGCAAAGCUAACACAAGCAGCACUAUCGAAAACAUUCUUAAGAACUAAGUCUGCUUUAAAUACAUAUCUCCCAUUCAGCAUAAGUUUGUAGUUAAUUUUUUUAUGGGAAACCUUCGAAGUUACAGGAUCUGUAUGUAUAGGUACACUCAUGCAUGUAACAGUUAACUGUGCUAGCAAUUUAAGUUUAAUAUGUAUAUAUAGAUUUUAUUUAUCUCAUACUACAGGACCAUGGCAAAAAAAAAAAUGUUUAGACCCCUUCAUUACUUAGGUCUGAAAAAAUUUAUUUCAUGCUAUUGUAAUACAAUUAUAGUACCUAUGAUAUAGACAAUAAAACCAAUUGAAUACAAAUACAAGACUACAAAUGGCUGCCAGCAAAGGUUACUUAACCUUACAUUCUAUUCAUGUACACAAGUGCAAACAUGAUGAAAACCAGUAGCUACAUUUCAUUAUUAAAGUUUAUAUAACUACAUAAAUGCAGUCCGAAAAUCUCAAAUACUAUUACAAAGCAAAGACUUAUUGCUGGUGGUAUUCCUUUUGUAUUCAUCUAAAUGACAUGUCACUGCAAUCCUGAACACAAACUGACUAGUGUUUGGUGAAAUGGGACUACGCACCAUCUACAGCACCAGAGUAUGUUCAUGUGACUUACUAUAUGAGCACAAAGCAUGUAAACACCGUCAAAUUUCAGGGUUGUGAAAGUCAAUGAAUAACGUACGUUUGACCGUGUGGCAUGGAAUAUCUAGGAAUACUCAUUUCAGUGGUAUUCCCAACUGUUGUUGAGGUGUGUAGAUAUGGUAACAAUAUAUCGGAAAGAUAAAUUUUACAGGUCAAAAUUUCAAUAUUUUGGUGAAGAUAUUUUAAUGCUGAAAUUAUAAUAUAGAUAAUAUUGACAUUGAAUAAAAUAAUAUAUUUAACCUUUUUUCCACAAUUUGGAAAAAUAUGUUAUCCCACAUCUUACAUCAGUAACUUAAAAAUACAACAAAACUUUGGCAAAUAAAAGAUAUUGAAACGUGUAGAGAAUGAUAAAAAUUUUAACAAUUCUUAGUUGUGUUUACUUAUUGGUAGUAAGAGCCGAGCUUGUUUUAGGUAAUUUAAUUAUAAAAGCUUCGUUUGUGCCGUAUGAGUUCUAUACCAUUCAUCUGAUUGUGAUGAAAUUUUGGUGAGUUGUUAUGCGCAUGUCCGUGAAGGUUUUUGGGACGGUAUAACUAUUUUGCAAUAUUUGGAGCACGAAUCGUUUCAAAAAAUGUGGUUUUUCAUAUUAUAUAGCAGCACUUCGUCUGUUUUUGUUGUUUAAGUGCUUACACAUGACACAAUUUAUUUAAGUAUAAAGGAGAGACAUAUAUAUAGAGUGAGGUAUAGAGAAAGAAAUGGGUUAGAUAGUGAUAUAUAGCCUAGAGCUAUAUAGAGAUUUAUGUAUAGAAGAGAUAGAGUUAGUGGGAGGUAUAUAUGUAGAUAUAAAGAGAUAUACAUAGAUAUAUAUAGAUGUAGAUAGAGAUAAAUAUAUAUGAAGAGAGAUGGAUAGAUGAUUUGUAUAUGUGUAACUACUUCAAAUUUUUACAAUACAAAACUGAAUGAGGCAUUCCAAUGCAUGCCGAGCAUUAGCUAGAUAAUGGAAUAUUUUCAAUAUCAGUAUUCUCUUAUUUUUCAGCUUUACUCUAUAGUGCUUUAUAGAGUAGAUUACAUUUUUUUUAGAUAUAUACAGGUACAUAACUAUAUACUGGCAGAACGUCAGUCGGGAUCUGAAAGUGAUAUAAAUUAUUUUGCACACUUGGCAUCCAAAUUAAGAAGACAAUUACUAACUUCAUCUCAUUUCGAAAAAGGUCCCUUUCACCCUGUGUUCAGCCCGGGCAACGCCAGGUACUGUAACUAAUAAAUUAAUAAUCCAAUAUAUCAGAUAUAAAUUAUUCUGAGAUCUGUGGCCACUUACUUUUCUCAGGCACUAACAUACUAUUGGAAAUCACUCCAUGUUUGAUCUUUAUAAGAUGAAAUGUAAUUGGCAUUCAUGUUCAUUUUGGGUUGGGAAGGAGUUUUCUAGUCCCCAUUUGAAGCAAGGUCGAAAUAGACUUAGUGUACCACAGACAGGUUUGUUUUCAUUAGUUAUAAAGAAUGUCAUGACAUUUACCUAGGUGUCAUUGUAAAAGUAUUUCAACAAAAUAAAUUAAAAUUAAAAA